CCUUCUUUACAUCUCUUCUUUCUUUUUUUUUUAACUCAUGCAUGUAAUUUGACAACUCAACGGUGUUUUACUCACACGGUGUGAAGAUUUGAACUUUCAGCAGUUGUAGUGUAUGAGCGAUGGAAGCAUCUCAUCUUCUGGACGAACGAGAAGAUGACAGACCCAACGGUGGCUACCAUGUGAUGGUGACGAUAGAUGACAGACCACGCCCCCAGACCACGCCCACCGGGCGGCCACACCCCUCUCCGGUCACGCCCAGUGGCGGUCAGGUUGACGACAAGCCAGACGACAGCCAGCCGACACAUUUGGCGAGGGGUUUCCGUAAAGUCUUGCGGAAAAACCAGGACUACAUCCGCAUCCCCGUCCCGAGGUCCAGCGGCUCCCGGCUGCCUUCGGAAUGGUGGAAGACGGGAAUUGCCUUCAUCUGGGCCGGAUUUAACCUCGUCCUUACUACCGUCAUGAUCACCGUCGUCCACGAGAGAGUCCCGGAUAAGUCCGUCAGCCCGCCGUUACCGGACAAGUUCUUCGAUUAUGUGCCGCGUGUGGAGUGGGCGUUUUCCGUCACCGAGGUGAACGGGAUGAUCCUGGUGGCUCUGUGGUUCAUCCAGUGGCUCUUCCUCAAGCACAGAGCCAUCGUGGGCCGAAGGUUUUUCUUCCUGCAGGGAAUGUUGUAUUUGUACCGUAUGGUGACCAUGUACAUCACAACUCUUCCUGUUCCCAGCAUGCACAUGCACUGCGCCCCGAAGCUCUACGGUGAUUCUCACGGCAAGAUCGAGCGUGUUUUGCAGCUGGUGUCUGGAGCAGGUUUGUCCAUCACUGCCUCUCAUCUCAUGUGUGGAGACUUCCUAUACAGCGGCCACACGGUCAUGCUGACCCUCACCUUCCUCUUCAUCCAGGAAUACUCGCCCCGCUCGUUGGUGUGGCGUUGCUAUCAUGUGAUCUGCUGGUUGCUAAGCGUGGUGGGCGUGGUCUGUAUCCUGAUGGCGCAUGAGCAUUACAGCGUGGACGUAGUGGUGGCGUAUUUCAUCACCUCACGCCUCUUCUACUGGUACCACACCAUAGCCAACAACCAGGUCAAACUCACCCUAAUUGGAUUCAAUACUUAG